GCACUUCGCACCCACCGCCCCGGCGGCUCGCUUGCGGCGCAGCUGUACCAGUUGCCCGAGAGCGGAGCGCAUUUCCCCGCCGGGCGGUUGAUGCGGCAGCGCCAUGGCACAGGCGCCUGCGCAGAGCCACGCGUUGGCCUCCUGUUCCGCUUAAAGGGGCGGUGCAGAGGCGGCAAGAAGAUGGAGUUGGGGAGUUGCCUGGAGGGCGGGAGGGAGGCGGCGGAGGAAGAGGGCGAGCCCGAGGUGAAAAAGCGGCGACUUCUGUGUGUGGAGUUUGCCUCGGUCGCAAGCUGCGAUGCCGCUGUGGCUCAGUGCUUCCUGGCCGAGAACGACUGGGAGAUGGAAAGGGCUCUGAACUCCUACUUCGAGCCUCCGGUGGAGGAGAGCGCCUUGGAACGCCGCCCUGAAACCAACUCUGAGCCCAAGACCUAUGUUGACCUAACCAAUGAAGAAACAACUGAUUCCACCACUUCUAAAAUCAGCCCAUCUGAAGAUACUCAGCAAGAAAAUGGCAGCAUGUUCUCUCUCAUUACCUGGAAUAUUGAUGGAUUAGAUUUAAACAAUCUGUCAGAGAGGGCUCGAGGGGUGUGUUCCUACUUAGCUUUGUACAGCCCAGAUGUGAUAUUUCUACAGGAAGUUAUUCCCCCAUAUUAUAGCUACCUAAAGAAGAGAUCAAGUAAUUAUGAGAUUAUUACAGGUCAUGAAGAAGGAUAUUUCACAGCUAUAAUGUUGAAGAAAUCAAGAGUGAAAUUAAAAAGCCAAGAGAUUAUUCCUUUUCCAAGUACCAAAAUGAUGAGAAACCUUUUAUGUGUGCAUGUGAAUGUGUCAGGAAAUGAGCUUUGCCUUAUGACAUCCCAUUUGGAGAGCACCAGAGGGCAUGCUGCGGAACGAAUGAAUCAGUUAAAAAUGGUUUUAAAGAAAAUGCAAGAGGCUCCAGAGUCAGCUACAGUUAUAUUUGCAGGAGAUACAAAUCUAAGGGAUCGAGAGGUUACCAGAUGUGGUGGUUUACCCAACAACAUUGUGGAUGUCUGGGAGUUUUUGGGCAAACCUAAACAUUGCCAGUAUACAUGGGAUACACAAAUGAACUCUAAUCUUGGAAUAACUGCUGCUUGUAAGCUUCGUUUUGAUCGAAUAUUUUUCAGAGCAGCAGCAGAAGAGGGACACAUUAUUCCCCGAAGUUUGGAACUUCUUGGAUUAGAAAAACUGGACUGUGGUAGAUUUCCUAGUGAUCACUGGGGUCUUCUGUGCAACUUAGAUAUAAUAUUGUAAAAUGCUUUUCAAAUGUGAGUUUUGUCCUGAUUUUUGCAAAUACAAUUUCCACCUUCUGGAAAGGUAGGUUUGCUGUGGAGGAAAUAGUGUACUAGAUCAUUGUCACAGAAAAACCAACUAUGAUUUAUGGUUGUGUUUUCAGAACUCAACAUUAAAGAUUAAUGUUUAUUUAAAUGAACACAUUCCUGCGUUCAGGAUGUGAGGCCAUUUAAUAAAAAGGGCACAAAGCCUGUCAGAGUUUUCAACGGUGCUUCUAGCUGCCAGCUGGAUUCCAAACAGGUACCACAUUGUCUCUGAGCUAAUGUUUAUAUUUUUCCAUUCAGGCACCGAAAUAGUUAAAUUUAAAAUAAGUCUUCAAAAGAAAACAUAAGGGAUUAUUGAGUUCUUGGGACUGGAUCCUUUAUUUCAUAAGUUCAGAUCAUCUUAAAUGAAAAUGCCAUGAUUAUCUGCAGUUAAGUAGAUGACAGCUAUUCUACAUCAGACUUGAUUUUUGUCAGCUAAUUACAUAAUUGGUAAGCUAUAAUUGAAACCUUAUGGCUUAAAAUUCCUUAACUCCUUUUUGAUUCAUGUUUGUAGUCAUGUUGUCAACAGAGGCAAAGUUAAGCUUGAUGAUGGUUAAAAUCAGUUUGAUAGCACCGUGGGACAUUUUUCUAACAAAAAUAAAUGCGUGAAGAGACAUAGCCUUUUAGUUUUGCUAAUUGUAAAAUGGAAAUGCUUUACAGGAAGUAAAUGCAAAUUACUUUUAAGUGUGCUUUAAAGAAAAAUAUUUUCCUCACAGAAAUUUAAAUAAUUUUAUUUGUUUAUGGUUUGCUUUAGUAUGUUUUUGUGUCCAUGAUGAGAUUAAAUUUUUUAUCUGCUUCCUG